AAUCUCGCAAAAAAUUUACAAACACUUUCCGAGGCUUGGCUGGCGUCGUUAGAAAAAAAAAAAAUUGUCUAAGGUUAGGAAUGUCAUCUAGCAGUGAGAAAAAUGACAGGCAAUUAAGCCUCAACCUGAUCAAGAAUUUGAAGUCUGAUUCGAAGACUGAGAUUUGUUCGUCUUUGACAAUUUUGAAGAGAGACUCAAAAUGUCAAAAACAGUUUGUCUUGGAUGGAGGUCUUAUUCUAUUGGUUCAACUUUUUCACACCGAAAGUCUCAAGAUUUUGGAUCUAUUGUUGAGCGUCCUGGCUAACAUGUGCCUGCACGCAUAUGUCAGGAUAGAGAUUCGUAGCAUAGAUCCUGCCGCUGAGGUGACGAGCAUUUUGAAGAAUAACAAGUCACAGAGCAUUCAAUGUCGUGCCUGCAGGUUGAUUGGAAAUCUGGCUGAGUGUUCCUGGCAUGCUAAAGCUUUGUGCCAGGCAGGUGUUGUUAAAAUUAUUACCAAUAUAUUGAAAUCUUCAAAGACAACUCGACGUGUUCAAAUUACAGCCGUUAGAGCUAUCAGGAAUAUAUGGACCUCGACCAAAAGCAGUCACGAAGAAAUUUUAGAGGCAGGAACAUUUCGUGAGAUAACAACCAUAUUUGUACUUACCAAUGAAGAAAAAGAAGAAAAGAGUAACCAAGAUUUAAUCCAUGUCUGUCUGAAAGCUAUGCUAGCAUUUGUCCAGACGUCAGACCCACGAUGUGGUUCUCAAUUACGGGAAGGGUUUAAAUGUAUAGUUGAUCACAGCCAAAAAAAGAAUGAAAUGGCUAUCAAAUGCUUGUACGUUCUUUCUCAAAUUGCGGAGUAUCGACCAUCUUUGGGAACAUUAGGUGCUGUCGAAUGUAUUGUAUCGUCAAUAGCUGAAGAUAGCACUUUUUUGUGGGAAUUGUUGGGAAGUCUGUGUCUAUUUUGUCGAGAAGCUAUUAAUCGCGCUCGAGUACGAUCGGGUACCGGUUUGGAAGUCAUGCUGGGCAUUUUGAAAAGACCAGAGCACGACAGAUAUCAUCCUAUGUUGUUACAUGCUCUAGCACAGUUCGUAUAUGAUGAUCCAAGCAUUUUGAAAAUGAUCAAAAAUGGUCUGUUGGAUGUACUGAUUAUGAAAUUGCAAGAAAUGACAGCAGAAAGUACGGUUGAUGAUGCAGAACGAUGCACACCAAAAAAACGAAUUGCUUCUAGUCCUUUGAACAGUGGAACGGAGACCAAAUUUAACAGGAGCGAAUUUGGGCGGUACAGCUUGGACUACAAGCAAGAUGACUGGAGUCCAGGAAGUGCUAGAAGUAUGUGUUCAUCACCACCGAGCACACCACCCCUUCAAUCCUUCUUUGAGGACGAUACAAACAAAACAGAUAGCAGUGCCGAGGAAAACUACAGUCCAGUAUGCAGCGACACUGAAUGUGCUGAAAAUGAUGAAGAUGACGAGGUCGAGUCUACAAAAAGCUGCUCAUCCAUCAUCCUGGAAUCUGCAGCAGAGUCAAACGACUUUGGCGAUGCAUUCAAAAUGACGACGAUGAGGAAACAAGCUGACGUAUGGACAUUAUCGCUGCUAAGUCGUUUGAGCCAUUCAGAUGAGCCAGUUGAUAAGUUGGCUGACCCUUCAACGAUCCAGCCAUUGAUCGCUUAUAUCCGAACAACGAGAAAUAGUAGAGCGUCAAGAAUACUAGCUAGAAUUAUUAGGAAUAGAGCCUAUUUGGUCACACUGUUAAAGCAAGGAUUCGUCUUCGAACUGCAAACUAUGCGUGGAUCGGAACAAUACACUCGGCAGCUGUGUGCAUUGGCAGAAACAGGUUGUGCCUUGGGCGAACUUGCUUCGAUAUUACUCCGUGGUCAAGAAGUUCACAAAUUUACUAUAGCUGUGUCAAUCCCGUAUUUAAUACAGUCCAAGGAUUCACUUCGAACCCUGUUGAAAACGCACGAUGGUUUAACCUUAGUAUUUCGGGUCUUGGCUGACAAAAGGCACUGUUUGCAUGUAAAUGCCAUCCACGCCGUUUGUCGAUUGGCUAAUGCUCUAGACAUUCGGCCGGAAUUGGUCGAUAGAAGCCAAGGGGAAGGUGCGGCUCGAAUUGACUACUCAAAGAAUUUAGAAUACCAUUUAAAGCCUGCAAUAGUGACGUUUGAACUAGAUGAUGGAACUACCGUAGAUGCGUAUCGGAACGUUCUAUGUAAAAAAUCUGAGGUCUUCUCCGCAAUGUUGGAAGGGAAUUUUUAUGAGUCUGGUAAACGCAGAGUACACCUAAAGAACACAUCCAAAGAAGGUCUAGACACGUUACUGCUAGCAGUAAAUGGUAUUCCGUACAAUGAAAGAGAUAUCGAAUCCUUACUAGACGCUGUACUUUUAGCUGAUAAGUUUUUGAUGCCAGACAUUCUCGAAUCGUUGAUAGAACGAUCCCUUUUAAAUAUCAAUUUUCAAAAUAUUAGCCGCACAUGGCACUGGGCGCGUACCAAUUCCUGCCAUGAGCUUAGACUUGGUUGUAUAAAGAUAUUUUUAACUGCAAAAUCCACCAAGUCUGAGAAAUUGGACGCAUUCGAAGAUUUUUCAAAAAGUGAGCAUUUUUCACUGUUCAUCGAUGAUGUCGAACAAGUACUAAAGACUGGACUUUCUUGUCAUUGAAUGGGUCAUGGCAAAGAAUAACACGCAAUUCAUUGAAUACUUUUUUCUACAAAAUCUCAACCCAAAUUAACGGCUGCUUAUAUUGUUAAAUAAUAGAUAGGUUGAGCUAUGAUGCGAAACAAUCGAAGUCAAAGUGAUAGGAACAAUUCGAAAACGAGCUGGCAAUACCAUAAAGUUAAGUAGAAUAGGGACAAAGCUUGUCAACAACCCAACAGUGCAAGAGAAAUGGAACAAAUUACAGAAAUUUGACAGUAAUGUUAGUAAUACGUUUCAAAGUGUGACCUGAAUCCUAAGGUAAUUGUAAAUUUAUAAUUGUAAGCAUGUUGAGGCAGGUAACUGACAACUUUAACAAAAAUAAACUUCAAAUAUAAUAAAUA